UCCGAACUCCAGUCGCAAGCAUCAAUGGCGUUCAAGUUCGGGAGCCCGGCGCGGCGUCGUGACGAACCUGUAGGCGGCGCGAAUGAGUUCCAUCGGCUCUUCCAGGCUUAUGAAGCAGAUUUCAGUGACCCAGUUGAGGAAGAAUCCAAGAUCAUAGGGGAACUGGACACCCUGGACAACCUCCUUGUUUCACUUAAGCUGGAGGGUUCCAUCGCUCCUCGCACAGUGCAGUCGAUGGUGUCUUUCUUCAUGAAGAAACGGUUCGGAUUCCCACGGAAGAGCUUGAAGGACGACCGUCGCGUCCUCCACCAUACCACGUUGCUCUUGAUGGCUGCUUUGACGAAGGAAUGCCAGGUUGAUUCGGAAGACGACGCCGAUGCGCUUGCGGCCUUGUACGAGUUCAUGCUCGAUCCAUUCGCGGUCGACGGGUCAAAUCGAUGGACGCCGGCUGAACUUGGACCCCACGGCAGUGUCCUCUUUGCGUUUGCCCUGUUCGUACGGCACGUGGAACGCACGAACGAUGCGAUACACACUGCAACUGUGUCCCGCCUUCGCAGUCGCCAAGCGGACAACGCUGGCGAGUUUGAAAUGGACGAUACCCUGAGCGACAUCGUGCUGGAAAAGGGUCGAUCCCUCGGUGGCCUGUCGCUGUUUUCAACUAUCUUCACGAACUCGACGACCGUGGAGUCCCCAGUGUUCGACAUCAACGACGCCGCGUGGCGCCGGCUCGACGGUGAUACCUUUCCCACCUACUUUCCUGACAGACGCCGCAUGUGGGGUCUCCAGGACGCCGGAUAUGCGUUCUUUAGCCGCUUUGUCGACGACUUCGGCCUGCUUGAUGUCACCAAAUCCACCGCAGAACUUCUCGCUGUCGUCGACCUCUUUGCAGCGCUGGUUGCGCACCACCCAGCGCUCCGCGCGUCGGUUGUCCAAGAGGUGCUUCGACUGACUGAGCCGCUCGGCUUGCUCUUUCCACACCAAUUGUCGCCGCUGUUACGACUUUUGACGGCAUUUUGUGCGCCCGACACGGUGGCCACCCUGACAGAUCAGAUCGGUCUAGACCACCCGUUGGCGACGUACACCCAUGUCGUCGGCGCUGACUCGUUGGAAGCGUGCAGCCAAAUCGACGUCGCCUCCACAAACGGUGUGACGUGCAAGGAAGCGUUGCAUCUCCCCGACGUUGUCAUCUCCAUUGGAACCACUGGGCAGAGCGUGACGAUGGAAGGGCGUACGUUGGUGUGCUGGCACUUGGGAAGCUCGACCACAAGGCUUUCGCUGUGGGACGUCGUGUUCACGCGGCUCAGGCAGCCUGCUGAAUUGGCUGAUGCAACCGACCUGAUUGCGGCGUUGAAUUGGCUCGCGGCGUAUGGCCGCGCGGCACCUCGUCGCUUUGAUGCAAUCUGGCGGCGCGCGCUGGGGUCCAGCCCAGACGAAGCCAACGACGCCAUUCACUCGCUGCUGUCGCGCCACUUCACGUCUGGUUCGUUGGCCGUUCAAGCGGCGGCGCUGGGGGUGGUGACUGUCCUUGAUGUGGCGGUGACAGCUUUGCUUGUCCACGGCGUCGCUGGCGAAGCGAUGCAUGCUCUCGUGGUGGCACAGGAUGCCGUUGGCGUUUUGGCAUGCCUGCAAUGCUUGAUCCUUCACAUGUCAUCGUCGCCUGAAGUCGUCGUGUCGCUGCUCCUGCAACUCCUGGAACAACCCGCCACCGACAACGUUGCCCGCAUCGUGACAUUCCGCCUGUUGGCUCAGAGCCUCGCCCUACCGCAAGUGCACAAAAAACUCGCCCCGACGAUGCUCUUUCACGGCCGCGCAUUGCUCUUUGACGCAGCCACGACAUUGCUGCUGGCAGACGCUCCAGCACCGGCAACACCUCCAUCCAAGCCGGAAGCUGCAUUCAACUUUGAUCGACCUACUCCUGUUGAAACCCCCGUCCUUCCCUACGCAUUUGCCGACGUGACAUCGUCGGACGUCGCAGUCGUCGAAGCCGUCCUGUCUGCCGUUCGCUUGCUUCUGGACACUUCCACCGUGGAAUCUCAAGCGAUCGAAGCGUUCGUUGCACAUUCUAACGGUCCACUCAACUGGCCCGUGGCGUGCGCGGCGUAUUUGACCUGUUCGGCGUCCCCGGUGAUCCCCCUCGUCGCGGCGCGCCUUCUCACGACGGUGUCGCUGCACCUCACGGACUCGACGCUCAUGGCUUACUUUCGCACGCAGGACGACAUGACGGCGUUCUUGGACUCACUCCUGACGAUAGUCCAGACGAGCGAUGCUCCCCGAUUGCAAGUUGCUGUUUGGACUUUGUGGACACACUGUCUUGACGUGCAGCCGAGUGUGCUGUCGCUUUUGUUUGAACACGGCACGGCCGCCGCGACGCUCGUCGAUUCGAUUCGUGGCACGUAUGAAAAUGGCCUGUACGGCGUGCUCGCGUCGGCACUCGGGUUUAUCCUGGCCAUUUGGGAAGGGUUGAGCCAUUCGAAUGCGUGCCAUCACAUGGCUGCGUUGUUUCGUGACCAGCCGCUCUUUUGGGCGACUCUGACGCAGCCCUUGGGGGUGUCCCCACCGCACGCGCAUGCAGCGUUUGCCCAAGGCGCGAUCUUCAAAAUCCUCGCGAUCGAGUACCACAUUGAAAGGCAGCGGAAAAUCCCCGGGGCAUCCAACCUUGCCGACAUCGUCGGAUCGUUUCGAGACCUUUACGACCAGUGGUUCCACGAUUACACGAGCGAGGACGCUGCAGCCAUGUACCUCCCGACCGCACACACCAACACCGAUCGGGCUCUUCCUCUGUACGUCCAAGCCGCCGACGUCCCCGCAUCGCUGUAUGUGCUGGCACAAUGGACUAUCUUCAUGGAAAUCGUCUUCUUGCACCCUUCAACAAGUCGACAAGGUGCCUCGGCAUCCGCUGUUAUCCAGUCAAGCCCUUCUAACUCGUCCAGGAGCCGCAUCACGUGUGACUCGCCCAUGCUUCCAGCCCGCACGGGAGCGCCUUCCCGGCCAUCCAACUUUUCAGGCGAUCGCACGUCCCUCGAAUGGAGCUUGAAGUUGACGGCCCGCAUGGCUGCGCUCGCAACGUCGGCCCAGGUUGAUCCCCAAGCGAUCCGUCUCCUCAGCCGUCUGAGUCUGUGCAUGAUUCACCAUCAAGUGUGCGAAGUCAAGCACAAAACCAACGACCCGCGGUGGUCGACAACGCAGUUGCGUCCGUCGCAGCAGCUGGACCCGACCACGUCGCUUCAUUUGAUCACGGUCGUGCACUCGAUUGUCCAUCACGACGCGUCAAAUGCGGCGCUGUGGACAGCAUCGUUGCUCCUACUCCGACAACUGGCACCGCCGCUGCCCCCGUUGUUGCUCAGUCGCGUGGUGACCCACUGCAUCACGGCCUUGGCCUCUGCGACCACCGACGACCCGUUGUUCUCUACAGUCGGUCAAGUCCUUCAAACCGUGCUGCAGCACCACAUCCCGGCAGACUCGACGACUGCGGCGUUUCAACUGCUUGCGAUCCUCAUCCACGCGUCGUCGCGGCACAUGCACGAGUGGCAAGCGGUCAUGCCCGGCUCGUUCAGUCGGCUCCUGGAAGCUAUUCGAGCGCACAUUGUGCCAUGCUGUGUAUGGCUCAGCCAGGACAGUCUCGAGCGACACAUCGAACAGCUUCUCUGGACCGUCGUUCACGCAAUAUUUGCGCUGCUGGUCAAACUCACGCCGUCGACGCGGCCGCAGAUUCAAGUCGGAGAUGCCAUCCAUGUCGACUUGGAGGCGGCCCGUCCAAUCUUGGACUACGUGCCGUUGUCUGCUGCGUCCUGCGGCGGGGCGGCGCCGGCGGCAGGCGAGACUGUGCCUUGUGGAAUCGGCCACGUCCUUCGUCUCGUGAAAUUGACGCUGCAACGAAGCGGCACGAGUGAAAGCGUCGCGAUCCCGACAGCAACGGCGGAUGCUGGCCUGGUCCUCGCCACUACCAACUACGUCCUCCAUGAGAACAGGUACAACCAUCCACCAGCCCGCCGCGCCGAGAUGCGCAAGGCCGUCGGCGACGUCAUGGCACUCGCCAAGUCCACCAACCCUUCCACCUUGAUCGAGGCGCUCGAAGCGCUCGUUCAGCAAGUCGAACGUGCAGAGUCGUCACACUAA